UAUUUCGGCAACUUUAUCUGGAACGUCCGGCACUUGCAUGCGAAUCCACACCUUUAAGAGGAACAUCGCAGCAGCCACCAUUUUCUUCUCCAGGCCGUUAUCCGCUUAAUCGCCAUCGACUACAAUGGACCGAUCUGAUUGCUCGACAGCAGCCAAUGACCAGGCCGACGAGGCCCAUGUUGAGGACUGCCUAGACACAAACCAUGAUGCCCGAGCAGGCGGUACAUCUACAGCCGAGAAGCAAUGUCGGAUAUGUUUCUCAGGACCAGAAGAGGAAGAUGCAUUGGGGCGAUUGAUCUCACCGUGUAUGUGUACGGGAAGCAUGCGUUAUGUACAUGUGUCGUGUAUCAAUGCGUGGCGUGGUACAGGCGCCAAUGCGAAAGCUUUCAUGGAAUGUCCCCAAUGUAAUUUCCGAUAUCAGAUCCGCCGUACACGUAUUUCCGGUCUAGCCACCUCAAAGCCAAUCUUGCUAUUGUUCACGUUCUUUCUGUUCUCGAUUCUUUCUCUUACCCUCGGCUCCAUUCUACGCUCCCUUCUCGCUUAUUCUACUACCUCGCGCACAUUACUGUCCUCCUCCCCGCCCAUCAAUGUUGCCACACCUUUCGAUCUUUUUGGCGGCGAGUUUGUUGACCGAGGGGGGGGUGUUGUCAUCGUAGGCGGAAGUGGUGCCCUUGUGUGGGACAUUGUUCUUGCCGCUGUCCAGACAUUUGCUUCGUUAGCUGAUAGGAUGACCUAUUUUCAAUCCCAUCUUCAUGAUUGUCUACCGGGGCCAAUCGCCGUCUUUGUGUCUGCCCUCUUUGUACGAUUCUUUCUGGGCCUCGCUGUCCUGGGUUCUCUGUCUUUCAUCUCAUUAUCAAUUUCUUUGUCACUUUUCGGACCUCUACAACUUGCCAAUGCCCUCCGCGGGGGCUUUAUUGGAUCCUGGGGCAGGAGAAGACUAGCAAGGAAUGGACGCGAUGGCGGGAUUGGAACAGUUAUUGUUGUCAUACUAGUGGUGAUAGGGGCAAUCAACACGUUGAGACAAGUGUAUGAAGGGGUUGGUCGGUUAGCGAUCAAGUUGUUGAAGUACUUGGAGACACAGAUAUUGGAAGUCAACCCGGAUGAGAUUAGAAGAAGCACAAGGCCCACUGGUGAAAGGUCGAGAGCGAUAUGGUACGAACAGUUGAGAACAUGGAAUGGUUGGAAAGAAAUGGGAUACAGGUGCUAUACAAGGGUUGAAGGAUGGCUUCAGAGCCUAUGGGCAUUUUGGGCACCUGCCGAGCAUGAACAUGUUGAGUAAUGCUUCCUAUAUAGAGGAUUAUGCAUAAGUGUAAUUUCCGUAGCGCGAUUCAGACGUCAAUCCAGUAACGUAUUAGUGAUCUGACGCAUGCAGUUGGAAACGAUUAAACAG